AUGUCACUGAGUCUGCCCAUAACACGGACCGAUGGUCCACCCAAUGGAGCAUUUAGGACUUUUGGCCUCUACUGGUGCUACCAUUGUCAUCGUACAGUCAGGAUUGCAUCCUCUAACCUAUCAGAAAUCGCGUGCCCUCGAUGCUUGAGGCAAUUUGUCCUCGAGAUUGAGAUGAGACGGCCUCGACUUGCUUUCAAUCAUGCUGCUCCGCCUUUUGAUGCUUAUCCUGAGACUCGUCUUCUCGAAGCUCUAUCGCUCAUGUUUGAUCCUCCAGUCAGAGGUGGACUCGGUUCAGACCCUUUUCAGAGGGCAAGAUCAAGAAAUACGGAACCUGAACCAAGCCCUCGACCGCACCAUCGACGCCGCCACAGCCUUGACAAUAACAACAAUGGUGGUUUACCACCUAGACGAACAUAUGUAAUACUCCGGCCCAUUGGUCCAACUAAUCCAAUUGGAAACAUAAUUGAGCCACCAAAUCCAGCACCGCAACAGCGGUUGAACCCACAUGAUUUCUUUACUGGAGCAUCCGGUUUAGAGCAGCUUAUUGAACAGCUAACACAAGACGAUAGGCCUGGACCACCACCUGCAUCAGAACCCAUCAUUGAUGCGCUACCGACCGUGAAGAUUACACCACAACAUCUAACCAACGACAUGUCCCAGUGCGCGGUGUGCAUGGAGGAAUUCACUGUUGGUGGGGAAGCAACAGAACUACCAUGUAAACAUAUUUACCAUAACAAUUGUAUAACCCCAUGGCUCAGGCUUCACAAUUCUUGCCCAAUCUGCCGCCGUGAUCUGCCACCUGUCAACACCGUUACAGAAUCUCGGGGAAGGGGCGAUGCUAUUAGAGAAGACAUACCUGAAAGAAGGCGUCCAAGGUGGAUGCAGCUCGGGAAUAUUUGGCCUUUUAGGCCAAGGUACCAAAGUAUUUCAGAAGAAACAGCAAACAUGAAUCCUCAAGGUAACAGGAGCUAA